CUCUAAUCACAUGACCAACAACCAUAUGAGAUGAACAAAAAGCACGUGCCGAUAUGAAUGAAUUUCCUUAUCAUUUUUGCAAAUUUAAAACUAUAAAAGGAAAGAAUUCUGUGGAUCCCAUGAUUUUUUUCAGUAACUUGUUGUUCAUUCAUCAAUUGUUAUGUACCAAUACAGAUGAUGGAGAGGGUGAUGAUGGCUCAGAAUAUGUGUACACAGAGAAAGAACUUAGGGAUGAUCUUAAGCACUUACUGGAUGAACCUGAAGAACAUUUGGAUCUCAGGUAUGCUCACAUUGUGGAAUGUCUUCUCUUGUCAGAUUGUAAGACACUUUUGAAGAGGGCAACAAUGAAAAAGUACAAGAACUUGCAAACCUUUUAUCACGAGCUUCCAAAAGCAAUACAAUUUGUCUACGAGGCAGAGAAGUUCAGCUUAUACUUUUCUGCUCAACAGACAGAUAAUGCAGAGCCAAUGGGAGGAUUGAAGCUUUAUAUUGACAAGAAGAAGAUUGAGAUGAUGAAAGGUAUUUUUAAAAAACUCGACCGUGUGCAUUUGACAAUUGUUGUUCGUAAAUGGUCAAGAAAUUUAUCUGAUGUGGAUCUUAGUGAUAUAAUACAACAAUUUUGUUUCAUUACCGAUUUAUAUAUUCUAGACUUGACGCAUGAAUAUACAAUUUGGAUCGGUGAAUCUUGUAAAACAGUGCAAGAUUUCAUUGAUCUUGAAAAAUUUUCAAAAUUACGUAUACUUAAGGUGAAGUAUAUGUUUGUAACAGAUGAAUUCUUAGAGAAAGUGAGUAACAUGAAACUGGAAAGUCUGAUGUUUAUUGGAUGUACUUUUCUCACUUCCAAGGAUACUGUGCAAACUGUGCAACAAUGUAAACAAAUUGAGGUAGCUUUUGGAGAAUCAUAUGAGACUAUCUGCUUCAGUAAGUGCAAGAUGUACGGAAUACAUCAGUUAUGGUUCGCUCUAGGUCUGACAUACAGUAUAAAGAUCAUAAUCAAUCUAAAUAACUGCGUAAAACUACGCAAUCUGACGGUAAACAUGGGUGAAUAUGCGAGUGUUAUACUCAGUAAACAAAUAGUAAGUGGUCUACGGUAUUUAUCAUUAGGUAAGAAUCGUUUUGAACCGCCGCUUUCGUCUUCUAAGUGUCAGGGUGCUCGACUAGAAUUUUUAACAAUUGACACAAGAGAUCUAGAGCUGGCUGUUAAUGUUCUAAAGGAAAUUAACCGAAACAAACUCAAGAAUUUAGUAUUGAUUUGUCAUGUUUGUGAUGUUUCCGAUUUAUUUAACUUAGAAUUUGCCGCUCUUGAAAUUCUAGAAAUUGAUGUUAGCAAUAAUAAUUUGGAGUUGAAGGAUAAAAGCACAAUUGAAGUAAAAAUGAAAAAGUUAGAAGCACUGAGAAUAAAUUGCAAGUAUGUAAAUGAAGCACUCGUGCAAAUGAUAACUGAGUUGGAAAUGUUGAAACAUCUAGAAAUUUUUGUAAAAAAAUGGAACUAUAAUUAUGAACUUUUAUGUAGACAACUAAGCAGUUUAAAGGGACCAAUAGAAAAACUCUUGGUUAGUUCUGAGAUGACCAUUGGUGGAUUGGUAAGGUCGAUAGAACCUUUGAACAAGCUGAAAGAAUUUUACAUAGAUGGUAGAUCCAUUCGGUCAACAUUUAAUAGCCUCGCCAAUAGAAAUUAUGGCAGAUUUAAAUCCGUGAAAAUCCGUUUAAACAGGCUGAAAGAAUUAUUCAUGAACAGUAGAUUCAUUCGGCCAUUAUUUUAUAGCCUUGCCAGUCGAAAUUAUGAAAGACUUCAACCUGCAAAAGCUGACGCAAACGAACAGAAUGUGGUGCAUCUUAAACUCCACACUCUUCAUAUUGGCAUGGGUUCAACUUAUGAAGAACUAAUCGAACUUAUGUUAUGUCAAUAUUUUGAAGCUUUCGCAGGUAUUAAGAAACUGGUGAUUGACGUAGUACCAAAAUGUCCAGGAGUAAUUCAAAAAUUGUUUGGAAGUAUGCAAGAGGAAGGUAUGCAAGAGGAAGGUAUGCAAGAGCAGUUCAAUAACUUGAUCGAAAGUGUUUUUGAGACUUUCAACCAGCUUGAUGUACUUGUGUUCUGUUAUAAGAGUUCUCACAUAUCUAGAGAAGAAGCGCAUAUUCUUCGUAAGCUUUUUUCUGAGAAGUGUAAAUUGGUCAAGGAGAGAUGCGAGUGGUCAGAUAAUUGCAAUGAGGAACGAACAAUCUUCGAGCUUUAUAAGUAAAAGUUAAGUUAUUUUUCGAUCUUCUGGUGCUGAUCAUUUCUUUUUUAUGAUUGUAAUGAUCUCAGGUCUCAUUGUUCAUGGUAUUCAAGCAAUCUAUAACAUAUUAAUGACAUGUAA